AUGUUAACUCCCUCAACCACACAUCCAGAAUCACCAUUCGCGGAGCCAUCAUAUCCUGUAUUCGUUUAUGAACGGAUUCCAGGGGCUUGGAGCUUUCUCGGAGUUAUGCCUCAUUAUCCGACUGACACGGUGUCACCGAUUCGGGAGGAGGUUGACGAUGGCACUGGUGUCUGCCCCCCAGGCUAUACCCUUGUCGCCAUGCAGCCGUGUUUCGUUGGCUAUAUAGUCCCCGAUGAGUCCAGCGAAGCAAUACAGUGCGGUGACUGCCCAGGAGCGAAUCCAGCAACUGCGACGAUCACUCGCUCGCCUCCUGUACCGGUGGAAACCACGUCGCCAGUCACUUCACUUGAACUAUCCACAUUCGACUACUCCAGAGGGUACAGAGCAGCUCGUGAUGCGACUUAUGCUCUCCUUCUUUUGAUCAUGGUUGUCCUCUUGAGCCUGGUGGCGCGGUCUUACAUGCGCCGAAGCAAGAAGGGUUCCCGGGAAAACGCGAAGAUAUCACUUCCUGUGGCGGACUUGCCACAGAAGUCACCUUCAGGACCUCUGGCUAUCGAGAAAGCCUGGAAUGUUUGA